AUGUCUAAAAUCACAUCCUCUCACGUUAGAGAAAACGUCAAGAAGUUAUUGGAACACUCCAACGAAACUAAAAAGAGAAACUUUUUAGAAACUGUUGAGUUACAAGUUGGUUUGAAAAACUAUGACCCUCAAAGAGACAAGCGUUUCUCUGGUACUUUGAAAUUACCUCAAGUCCCAAGACCAAACAUGACCUUGUGUAUAUUUGGUGAUGCUUUUGAUGUCGAUAGAGCUAAAUCCUUGGGUGUCGAUGCUAUGUCCGUUGACGACUUGAAAAAAUUGAACAAGAACAAGAAGUUGAUCAAGAAAUUGGCUAAAAAGUACAAUGCUUUUAUUGCUUCUGAAGUUUUGAUCAAACAAAUCCCAAGAUUGUUGGGUCCUACUUUAUCUAAAGCAGGUAAGUUCCCAACUCCUGUAUCACACAAUGAUGACUUGUACUCAAAGGUCACUGAUGUUAGAUCAACCAUCAAGUUCCAAUUGAAAAAAGUCUUGUGUUUGGCUGUUGCCGUUGGUAACGUUGAGAUGGAUGAAGACGUUUUGGUCAACCAAAUCAUGAUGGCUGCUAACUUUUUGGUUUCAUUGUUGAAGAAGAACUGGCAAAAUGUUGGUUCAUUAGUUAUCAAGUCAACUAUGGGACCUUCAUUCAGAAUCUAUUAA